AUGAACUCCACAGCAAAGCCGGGAGAAUGGUACAUCAUGGACGCAACCGGGCAGUGCGUGGCAGCAUUCGGUACUUCCGCCACCGAGCCGACGGUUCAGAAGUGUCCUCCAGGCUUCUACUGUGCCGGCGGUUUGGAGCCGCCUCGCAGUUGCAGCUCGGGCGACCACUGCCCCGUGGGCACGGGCCUUCAAGACCGUUCGUGUCCACUGGGCUUCUAUUGCCCCAUACCGGCAGCAGAUGUCCGGCCUUGUCCGGCAGGGGGCCAUUGUCCUCGGGGCGCACAGAGCCCUCAGGCCUGCCAGGCCGGACGCUUCUGCCCGCCAGGGGAGGAUGCCCUCUGCCCCAAGGGCCACUAUUGCCCCUACGGCACGGAAGCUCCGAAGCGAUGCAAGCCCCUCUUCCGAUGUCCUCCAGGCAGCAAGGCUGAAGAUCCUUGGUUCUUCUCCUUGGUGAUCCUGGGAGCAGUGGUCGGCGUCGGCUUCUUGGGCUCUAUGCUUUACAUGGAGAUGGUGCAGAACGAUUUGUGGGCCUGCGCCGUUUGUGCAGCCUGCGCUGGACUCAUGUGGCUGGUCGACGAGGCCAUUGCUCUUUUCCUGUCCCUCACCUUCGUUUCGGUGGCAGCCAAUUGGGCCCUGCUUCGGAUCGGUGGCGUGGACCCGGCUGUUGCGCAGAGCCUGCUGUUGUGCACGGCCGGUGUGGCAGUGGCACUGCUUUGGUUGGUACAUCCACCGUGGGCAGUGUUCUUCGGUGGGCUGCUCAUGUGCUGCGCAAUCGCCUACCUCAUGUCACGGCAGAACCGCGCUGCCGUCCUCGUGGGGCGCCUUCUCCUGCUGAUUGCCUUCGCGGCGCUCAUCUUCAGCUACUCCCAGGUGGAUCCGGGAUUCACCGUAGCCUUGGGCCUCGUCCUGCUGAUCCAAGUCCUCGGCAUCAUCCUUUCAUGGGUGCACUUCGUGAGCGUUGCCAACAUCAGCCCCCUGGCAGACGUUCAGAGCAUCUGGACGGCCAUGGCCAAGGGCCAGGAUCCGAGCAGCAUCGUCCCCGCCCUCCAGGGCAGAAGGGCGGUCUUCAUUUUCGCCAGUCCCAGUGACCAGGCGCAGGUGGCAGCUUUGCGUGACUUUGUCCAGGCGAUGGACUCCGCAGGCAGUGAUGCAGCACCCAUGAUCUGGGCGCCGCACACCGUCACCCCCGAGAUCCGGCCGCACAACGCAGUUGUCGACACGCUGUCGAACGACGGGCGGAAUUUGGUUAGUGAGUUGAUGGAAAUUGGACUUGAUGGCAUCAUCUCCGGAGAGCCACAAGGACCUGCCCUGGCGCUGACUACACGAAUGUGGGUGCGCAAGCUCGAAGUCGCCGCGCAAACUCUGGCAGAGGUCAUGUACGAGAGAAAGCGCCGGGCCCAAAAUGUGGAGUACUUCAAGGCGCACACCGACAGCCUCCUUUGGGACUAUCUCCGCAAUCGGCUCGCACCGGUGGUCCCGCCGUGUGACAGACAUCUCCCAGAAGGCAUCCCGAGCCACAUCGACGGGUGGUCGUUCGGCAGUUCACGCAGAACUCCCAGCGGCGUGGUUUAUCGUCUAAACCGCCGACGACAAGAAAGCCCCGGCCUUGUAGGCACAGGCGUCACGACUCGCGAGGUCGCACGCCUUGUAGAUAAAUCCACGAUCCGAGACAUCAAUGGCAUUAUGUCACUGAAGAGGAUGGUGGAUGUUCUUUGGAUGGUUAGCUGCGACAAGUGGCAGCACCCAAACAUUCAGAGGCUGUUUCAGAUCUACCAUUCCCCGACUCACAUCAUAAUGCGGAUGGAGUACUCCGGCGCUGGAAGCCUCCAUGACCGCCUCGUCCGCAGGAGCCGAAGGCCACUGUCGUUUCUGAAGACGUCACAGAUCUUGCAGCAGAUUUUCAAAGCGGUGGCCCACCUCCACCUGGCAGCAAAGGUGUGCCACAGGGAUCUCAAACCUGAGAACUUUGAUUUGCACGAGACUCCAGACAUGGUGACGGUGAAGUUAACGGGCUUCCAGAUUGCCUUUGUCCUCGAGGCUCGCUGU